AAAGAGAGCUAGUCAUUUUGGAGAGAGCGAAGAGAACGGUGUCCACCCGAGGAACUCUUUCUUUCACUUCAGCCCGUAUUUAUUUAUUUAUAUAUUUAUUCGGACCUUUGCUUUGGGAUGAGCGUACCGCUUCUGAAGUUUGUCUGGGUGGCAGCAUUCAGCGCGCUCCUGUCUGCGCCGGGGCUCCGGGCUUCUCCAGUGCUGGCGCAGGAACCCAUCCGCUGCGCCCCGUGCUCCCCGGAGCGGCUGGCCGAGUGUCCCGCGGUGGAUGCCGGCUGCGAGGAGGUGCUCAGAGAGCCGGGCUGCGGCUGCUGCCUUGCUUGCGCGUUGAAGAGGGACGACUCGUGCGGGAUCUACACCGCACCUUGCGGCUCUGGACUCCGCUGUCUGCCGAGACCCGGCGAACCUAGACCUUUGCACGCGCUCACACGCGGACAUGCAAUGUGCACGGAAAACCCAAAUUCCGAGCAGAACCAGAACGAACAAACACCAGAUCAUCAAGAACCUCAUAACGGAGCAACGGGAUCAAAUGAAGGCAGCUCUGCGCUCUUCGUGCCCGGGCACGGCAAGCCUUUCGACCCGCGAGUCAUCACCGCUAAAGAGAGCAUGAAGGCCAAAGUCAACGCCAUACGCAAGAAACUCGUUGAGCAGGGUCCUUGUCAUAUUGAACUACAAACUGCCCUUGAGAAGAUCACCAAAUCUCAGCAGAAACUGGGAGACAAAUUCACCAGAUUUUAUCUUCCAAAUUGUGACAAACACGGUCUAUACAAAGCCAAACAGUGUGAAUCGUCUCUGGAUGGUCAGAGGGGGAAAUGUUGGUGUGUGGCAUCCUGGAAUGGGAAGAGGAUUUUUGGAUCAAGUGACCUGCCAGCAGAUGCCGAGUGUCCCGAGGAACUCAACCACUGAUCAUGCACACACAAACACACACACUGGGGCAUCUAAAAAACUAAACCACUGAUGUCUCUCUCUUUCUCUGUCACACGCACAUGCAUACACACAUAAACACCAUUUAUGCCACUGAAUUUCAUCCUUAUAUUUUUUAUAUUGUAGUAUUUAUUUAUUGUUUGAGGUGUUAUUUAAUUCAGGUACACUUUUUUUUUUAAUUUGGUAAACUCCCUGAACUGUCCAAAAAGAAAAUCUAUUUUUCUGUAAAGAAAAUGAAUAUGUAUUUUACAUGAAGUACCCAUACUUAUUUAUUUAAACUGAAUGUAUUCAUUUCGAUAUCUGGAUAAGAAUAUUUAUUCCUUAUACGUAUUUUUGUAUGGUGGAAAUCUGUGUAUAUUAACUGUAUAUAAAUGACUAUGUCUCUUGUCAUAGCUUUCCUUCAGGCUUGUUUUGUUGGAAAUGAAUGACAUGGAAAAAGCACUGCAUGACCAAACCUCUAUCACUGUCCAUACAUUGCCAUAUUUUUAUACUGUAUAUGUUUAUAUUGUAUUAUACUAAUGUUGCUACUAAUUGUUUAUUUUUGUUCUUAAUGAUUGAGAUUAGAUGGGCAUGAAAAUGUUGGGGUGUGCUACUUAUAUUUGACAUGGAAAGUAUUGGUUUUCACAGGUUUAAAACGGGUCAUUUCCUACCUCUGCCUUUUAAGUUGUUUAUGAGAUUUUUUUUUUUUUUUAAUCAACUGGGUUAUUUUUGUUUAAGUCUUAAUUUUGUGCUGUCUACAUACUGUGGCCCAUUUGUUAUUUUUAAGGAUGCAGUGUCUACACUCAUUACAAUAAAAAGAUACAGACAUUGCUUCACUCCAAA